CAAACCAUCCAGCUCUCACGGUGCGGUGGCAGUGCACCGAUGGUCAGGCUCGUCGUGGCAACAUGCCUCCUACUCGCCGUCGCCGCUAUCUUGGCGCUGGCGGCCGGGGAGCCUGAGGCCGAGGCCAUGACCUCCUACAUUGUGCACGUCGCGUCCUCGCACGCUCCACGGCCGUCCCGCCGGCGCGCGCUUGCCCAGGCCGCGUACUACGCCUCCUUCCUGCGUGACCACCUGCCCACGCACCUCCUGCACCCAACGCCGAGCGUGCACUACUCCUACACGCACGCCGCGACGGGCUUCGCGGCGCGCCUGACGGGGUGCCAGGCCGCGUACCUCGAGUCCCAGCCGUCCGUCCUCGCCGUCGUCCCCGACGCGAUGCUGCAGCUGCACACCACGAUGACGCCCUCUUUCCUCCGCCUGUCGGCGUUGUCGGGGCUACUCCCAGCAUCCAACGGCGCCAUGGACGUUGUUAUAGGCGUCAUCGACACCGGCAUCUACCCCAAGGGCCGAGCGUCCUUCGCUGCUGACCCGUCGCUGCCGCCGCCGCCCGGAUCGUUCCGUGGUGGCUGCGUCUCGACGCCGUCGUUCAACGGAUCCACGUUCUGCAACAACAAGCUCGUCGGCGCCAAGUUUUUCUACCUGGGAUACAAGGCUUUGAAUGGCCGCCUGACUGAUGAGACGGAUCAGUCCAUCUCGCCGCUAGACGUCAACGGCCAUGGCACACACACCGCCUCCACUGCUGCUGGCUCUGCCGCCGCAGGCGCCGGGUUCUACAACUAUGGCAAGGGCACGGCCGUAGGCGUGGCCCCCAACGCGCGUAUUGCCGCCUACAAGGUGUGCUGGGAACACGGGUGCGCGGACUCUGACAUCCUCGCUGCCUUCGAUGAGGCCAUUGCCGACAGAGUUAAUGUCAUCUCCUACUCAAUUGGCCCUGUCGGCAAGGUGCCGAAGCUUCACAGAGACGGCGCGACCGUGGGUGCGUUCAGCGCCGUCCGGAAGGGCAUCGUUGUCUCUGCCUCGGCAGGGAACGCCGGCCCCGGAGAGUCCACCGUCGGCAAUAUUGCACCGUGGAUGUUGACAGUGGGAGCUUCAACCAUCAACCGUCGGUUCCCUGGUACUGUCGUUCUCGGCAAUGGCGACACCUUAAACGGCACUUCACUCUAUGUUGGCAAGCCACUCGAUGCGACCAAAAUAGCGUUAGUCUAUGGCGGGGAUGUGGGCACGAACGUGUGUGAAGCUGGGAAGCUGGACAAAACUCUCGUUGCCGGGAAGAUCGUGCUGUGCGACCAUGAUGACGAGAAUGAGGUAGCGCAAGGCGAGGCUGUUAAACUCGCCGGUGGCGCCGGAGCAAUCUUCGGGAGCACGGAAGACUCCGGCGAGCUGCCUCCGACAAGUCCUCACAUCCUCCCCGCAACGACCAUUUCAUUUGCUGCUGCCAAGAAGAUCAAGAAGUACAUAAGCACGCAUUCAUCACCUACCGCGAUGAUCAUGUUCCAUGGCACCGUCGUUAGUCGGACGCCUUCUUCCCCCAGAAUGGCAGACUUCUCGAGCCGCGGCCCGAACCUCCACGCGCCUGAGAUCCUCAAGCCGGACAUCACUGCCCCCGGCGUGGACAUCCUCGCCGCCUGGACCGGCAAGAAGUCGCCCUCAAGUCUCGACAGCGACAAGAGGCGAGUGAAGUACAACAUCAUAUCCGGAACAUCCAUGUCAUGCCCCCAUGUGAGUGGCAUUGCGGCGCUACUCCGACAGGCGCGGCCGGACUGGAGCCCCGCCGCGAUCAAAUCUGCGAUGAUGACCACUGCGUACGUCUUGGACAACGCCGGCAAUGUCAUCAAGGACACGUCCACCGGCAGGGCGUCCACGCCGUUUGUGUACGGAGCCGGCCAUGUGGACCCCAACCGCGCCGUCGACCCAGGCCUGGUGUACGACGCCGGCGUCAGGGACUACAUCUCCUUCCUGUGCGCGCUCGGCUACACCUCCAAGGAGAUCGGAAUCUUCACAAGAGAUGACUCCAGGGCCGACUACUGUUCAACACGCACAGGCUCCUCCGGCGACCUCAACUACCCUGCCUUCUCUGCUGUGUUUCACUCCGACAUGGAUGAGGUCACGCAACGGCGCGUCGUGCGAAACGUCGGGAGGAACGUCAGCGCCACGUACACGGCCAGAAUCAUCAGCCCUGCCGGUGUGCGUGUCACGGUGGAGCCUCGGAAGCUGCAGUUCACUGCGACGCAGCAGACGCGAGAGUACGUGAUGACCUUCGCGCCGCGAGGAGACGCGCGUGUGACCGACAAGUACACGUUCGGGUCCAUCGUGUGGAGCGACGGCGAGCACAAGGUGACCAGCCCCAUCGCCAUCACCUGGCCGGUGAGCCAAGUGGCAGCGUCGUGAACUUGUGAUCCGAUCGCGCUUACUUGCAUGCGCUUGUCUUCGUUGUAACGGGUGCUUACAAAUAAGGUGCCUCGUGUAGGCACUUUCUUUUAUUAUUAUUUGGACUUUCGGUUCUCAAUUGCUUUUAUUCAUAAAUAAACAUGCCUCAUCAUUUUUUUAAAGGCAAGUCUUCAACAGGAUCCCAACUUGCUCAUGCCGUCCACUUUGAACGUUUGGGGUUUGAUUGAGCUGCCGGCACCAGGGUUGCAACCAAACAGCCCUUGAGUGCCUGCUGUCCGGUGCAGGUUCGCAACCAAACAGGCCUUGUGCCUCCCUGCAUGCUUAUAUAUGAAUUUGUAAUAGGCAAUGCGGAACUCAUGAAUCUGCAGGCAUAAAAAUAUUCGAUGUGCAAGGAUCAAGCAUUAUAAUCUUGCUCAUAAAUGACAACGCCAUCUAGCCAUAACGGCGCUUGCUGUCUUUCAAGUUGCAAGGACACUACUCUAACCAACUAAAUGGAAAUGGCAGUUGCAAGCAUGGUCCACGAUAGGGGAAUUAAGCUGAAUUAUUACGUAGUUCAGUCGAGUGAAUGGCGCAUCGCACAACCACGCAUACUAUCCUCUUGAUCAGAUAAACAAUGGCAGCAGCAGCGUCUAGUUUCAAUGCUGGAAGGAUGAAUGCCAGGAUCCGUUUAGGAUGUGUUUGGUUGGUUGUAUCAUUUGAUUCAUGUAUCAAAUGAUUCAAA